GCGUCGACAAGUUUCGCUAUACUUUCAAAACUCGAAUAUAUUUAACGGAUACAAGAAUGAAAAUAUUAUGAAAUAACACAUUUUACGUUAGGUAUUUUUCACCUUCCCACGGCGAAAAGUUUUAUAGUUAUCUGCAUGUAGAUCGUUCAAUGACACCGAAACAUGAUAAUAAGUACGUUAACGUCGACGUCAUUUUUACUCUUCGCAAUUUAUUGCUAACAUUAGUUAGCAAUAAAUUAUGAGAACAAUAAGCAUGCAAAGUACGCUAGUAUGCCCUCUAUGGUACUAGAUCGUAAUAGAAUGCGUGGUAGGGUGGGAGAAGGUAUCGUCGUAGUUACAUCGCUGCCACAGUACAGCGAGGAAGACUGGCGAGGUGCGUGGAAAAUUGCAAAAUAAGCGACUGGAAGAUACCGAACAAGAAGUACUGACUCACGUCAAGAAUUACAUCCACCAUGGAGUCAGUGGAUAGACUUAUCGGACUGACCGAAAAUCUGGAUAUGAACAAGCUGCAUAAAGCGGUAAGGGAGAAUCGGAUAGAUGUGGUCAGAAAUCUGGUGAAGAACGGCGCCGACGUGUCGGCUGUCGUCGACGGCUACACUCCACUCCACCUCGCCGCGAAGUUCAGCCAUUUGCCAAUAAUGGAGGCGUUAAUCACACGAUUGACCCGUGACAAAGUGCGCGAACUGAUAAAUACCCCGACUUACGACACCGGCAACUCGGUUCUACACCUGGCGGCCCAAGCCAACUCGAUCGAAUGCGUGCUAUUUUGCCUGUGUCAAGGGGCGGACUAUACGUUGACGAACCAUGCGAGGCAGAAUCCCUACAAUCUAAGCACCCUCGAGACCGUGACGUAUAUUCUGGGGUUAGUCAGCACGAUCUUCCAGAGGUUCAGUGAUCCGGAGAAUCUCGUCGGCGAGCUGCGAGUGUUCAGACGCAACCUCAACCUGGAACAAUUGUCUGCGGUGUUGUACGCGCGCAACCAUCGGGGCUACACCACGCUACAGGAGGCGUUGGAUCUGCACGCGCACAGCAUCAUAGCCACGAUUAUCGACUAUAGGAUCGAGGUGUUGCAGCAUCUGCAUUGGCGGGUGGGGGCUACUCUCGACUGCAUAGCCAGUCAGUCGUCUUGGGAAGUCGACAUCCUGCUCGACAAGCUGCUGGAGCACUCGAGGAAAACGAGCUGGCAUCUGAACCGCCUGCAACGAUGCUGCCAGCACGACUACAGGCAGCUGGCGAUCAAAGCCGAGGGCGACAAAAUCUACGCUGAACGCAUCGGGGAAAUGCUGAAACACGCCCACGACUUUUUGGAGACCUACAGAUCGUACGGCAACCGUAAUUUCAGAGGGCAGCCGAAUCUGGUCAUCGUGGAGGAGGUGCUCGAGUAUUUCGAGUUCUACCACUCGGAGGCCUUGAACAACUUGAGGAUUCUCCAGUUGGUGAAGCACCGCGGACUCAAGUUCGCGGUGAAACUGUUCAACUUUUCCGUGAUCGCGCCCAUGCUGCUCUUCGCGAAGGAGGUCUGCUCGACGGUAGUGCUGGAGGCGGCCAAGGUGGACGACCUGCCCACGGUGGAGAAGUACUUGAACGGGCCGCUGGACCCGUACAAACUCGACGAAAGCAACUGGACGGCCCUGCACUACGCCAUCUACAACGGGAACAUUUCGAUGACCAAGCUGCUGCUGGGAAUAGGCGUCGAUCCCACGCUCUGCGGAUGCGUGUCGCCGUUGCGCGGGGUGCUGGCUCGCAUAACGCCUCGAAUGCUGUCGCGCGCGGGCAGCGAGCACCGGCGCAGGGUCCUCACCGCCAUAAAGCUACACCUCGAACGAGUCGAGCCGGAUUGCCUGGUCUUCUACUUGGACUCGAGAUACAACGACGGCUCGACCGCGCUCCACAUGGCCGCGAGGAUGCGGCAAAAGUGGCUCCUGGAACUGCUCCUCAGCAAAGGCGCCACUUACUGCGUCCGGGACCGGACGAACCGCUUGCCCGAGGAGUGCGAUUUCCCUAGCGGCCAGCGUCUCUUCCGGCUGAUCAACGAUCUGUUCAUCCUGGCGCAAGAGGGAAACACCAACGCGGUGCUGGACAUGAUUCGAUCGAUUCCGAGCCGCCGCGGCAACACCAUUAAGGCCGUCACCGGGGCGCGCAACGACCAAGGAUUGACUUUGAAUCAGGUCCUUGAUAACGGUGGUCACCAGGAAGUGUCAAACGUGAUCUCGUGGAUAGUGGCCGGUGCACACUGGUCUGACACGAUUCGAGUCGUCAUGGAUCCGGCCGCUGGAGACGAGCAGCGCGAGCCUAGACAGAAUCAGCGGUCCGUCGGCACCGCCGCCGCGGACGAGCGGCCCCUGUUCGUAAGGGAGUUGUUCGACAAUGUGCCACCCCUGCGACCGCCGGACAGACCCCCGCGACCACCCCCGGGCCGUUCGUCGUCCAGCAGCCGCCAGCCCGAGCAAAUCACGAGCGAACCGAUCGAGAUGCUGAGAUUCUACGAGAGACACGGCGCCCACUUUUUCAUCAGAGACACGGACGAUCUGAGCGGAGCCGAGAUCGGGGACCUGCUGGACCUCGUCCACGAGAGCUUCCAGCUGACCGCCGCGGGUAACGCCGACCAGCUGAUCACCAAGCUGGGCGACUGCCCCGCCAAGUACCUGGAGGCGGCGAUGUACGCGCGCAACGCGGAGAACUGCACGACGCUGCAGUGGGCGAUCGAGUACAGCCAGGUGGAGACGAUGGGGCGGAUCAUCGAGCACCGCCUCCAGCACCUGGUCAGCUGCCGGGCCACACCCAACGACUUUGACCAGCUGGUGAAGGUCGUGGAUGGCUCGAAGCACCACAUGACCAAGCUGGAGGUGCUCCAUCUGCAGGGCCAGUGCGCGACGCUCGAUUUCAACAAGAGCAUGACGGACCUGCUCAACAGCGCCGCCAGUCUGCUGGCGAGCAGCAAGCAGCAGACGACGCCCCCGAUGACCGGCCAGCGGCACCUCGCCGUCAUGGAGGAGGUGCUCGAGUACCUGGGCUACCGGGUGGGCGGCGGCACGGACAACAUCGACAACCUGAGGGAGAAGCUGGCCCACCGGCCGCACGGCUUCACCAUGCAACUGCUCAAGAUGGGCAUCUACGGGCCCCUGCACUUCUAUCUGCGCGCGGUCAGCUCCAUCAAGCUGGUCGAGGCGGUCAAACGGCGCGACCACGUGCUCAUCGGCAAGUGCAUGAACCACGAGCCGAACCUCAGCGAGGCGGACCAUCGCGGCUGGACGGCCCUGCACCACGCGCUCUACCUCGGCAUCCGGUCGAUAGUCAAGCUGCUGCAGCUCGGCAUGGGCCGCGACAUCGUGACGGUGCGCACCCUGCGGCAGCAGACGCCGCUGCACCUCGCCCUGCUCCCGGCGUACCCGUCGGACCCCUCGGACACCAUGCAGCGGCCCAACAUCGACACCAUCAAAUUGCACCUGGACCUCGUGCCGGCGGAGAAGCUGCCCGAAUACGUCGACGCCCAGGACGUCGACGGCGCGUCAGCGCUGCACAUGGCCGCCAAGAUGCUGCACAGCUGGCCGGCGAGGCUGCUGAUGAGCACAGGCGCGACCUACUGCCUGCGCGACAAGAACGGCAAAGCUCCCGAGGACAUGGCCGACCUGAACCUGCGCGUGCUCUUCCGGGUGGCCGACCAGUGCUUCGCCCGGGCGCUCCAGGGCAACGCCGACCGGAUAAUCCGCGAGCUACAGAGCAGCGACAUGCUGCUCGCCGUGACGAGCACGCGCAACGCCGACGGCUUCACCCUGCCGCAGGUGCUCGAGCAGCAGGGCCUCUCCAGCGCGGCCACGACGCUCUACGAAAUGGUGGCCGACAUUCACGCCUACAACCACCAGAUCACCGAAACCCUGGCGGCGAGCGCCCGGCUCCGUCGGCAGGCCCGCGCGCAGUCGGCCGCUCGAGCCAGAGCCGCGUCGAGGAUGGACGGGCCGGUGGACUUGUCGCAGCUGGACGUGGAGGCGCGGGACGAGCGCGGCUGGACCAACGUGCACAUAGCCGUGCACAACAACCGGCCAGACGUGCUGGACUUCCUGCUGCGCAGCGGCGCCGAGGUGCGGGUGCGCGGCCACGACGGCGAGACGCCGCUGCACCUGGCCGCGCGCCUCGACUCGCAGCCCAGCGCCUGCGCCCUCCUCAGGCGGCCCGCGCGCCGCCAGCUGCGCGACCUCCUGGAGGCGCGCAGCCGCGCCGAGGGCGCCCGCGCCCUGCACGUGGCCGCGCGCGCCGGCGCCUUCGGCGUCGCCUGGCUGCUCCUCAGCUGCGGCGCCGACUUCGAGGCGCGCGACGCCGCGGGCGCGCGCCCGCUGGACCUCGCCGCCGAGCCCCGCACCGAGCGGCUGCUGCACGCCGUGGAGCUGGACUCGCGGCUCGCCGAGCAGCGCCGCCACGCCGCGCUGCGGGCCAGGCUCCAGGCCCACCCGUUCUUCGAGCUGGACGCCUCGCUGCACGCCAGGAACGCCGCCGGGCUCACCACCCUGCAGCUCGCGCUGCUCAACGCCGACGUGGACCUCGCCGAGGCCGUCGUCGAGCUGCGCACCCGCAAGGAGAAGGACGAGCCGCCGGUCGAGCUGCUCAUGUGCCUCGGCCGGCUGGCUCGGCUCUGCGACGACAUGAAGGCGCAGCUGAACGCGCUGCUGAGGAUGUGCGAGGCGGACGCCGGCCCGCGGCCCGAGCUCGCGCUCGCGACCGGCGUCGGGCUGCUGGGCACCGCCCUCGAGGUCUCCAAGCUCUACGCCCACGAGCAGCAGCAUCUCCAGCUGAUCGACGAGACGCUCGAAGUGCUGCAGUUCGACGGGCGGCCGCCCGACGAGAAUGCGAGGUAUCACCGGAAGCUGUUCACCGACCAGAAAACCGAAUUGUACUCGUUCUUGGACAUCCUCAAGCUGACGAUCGGUGCGCCGAUCGCACUGCUGCUCAACAAGAUUUGCACGGUGUACCUCGGCCCGACGUCUCGAAAAUACGACCUGACCGAGGAUGAAAAAUCGUCAGCGGUGAAUUUGGACUUGAACAAGCAAGACGCAAACGGCUGGACGCCACUGCAUUAUGCAGUUCACAACGACAAAGAGGAUAUGGUAAAAGCCCUCUUGGAAUUGAAGUGCGACGCGACACUGGUAACCAAGAAGAACAAGAAGACGCCGCUGCACAUGGCUGCGAAGAAUGGUAAUUUGAAAAUAGUCGAGUUGCUGCUGGAACACGUGAAAGCCGACGGCUACGUGGACGAGAUAAGCGAGCCGAAGGGUUUGACGGCCGUGCACUUCGCCGCCAAAGCCGGACGUCUGGACAUCGUCAAGUGCCUGCUGAGAAACGGGGCGAACUAUUGCGCGACCGACAAGAAAGGAAGAUGCUGCAUAGAGUUGACCAAGGAUGCCAAAGUUACGGAAUUUUUGAAGCUCGUUAAGGAGUCGUUCGAGAUCGCCGAAGCCGGCGAAGCGUCGAAGAUCGCAAACGAGUUAAAGAGCUUGCAGCGCGACGAUUUGACGGCAGUCGCGAAUGCACGUAAUACCGAGGGAUUUAACUUGACGACAAUUGUGAAAUCCAAGUGCGAUAGUGAUGUUUACUCCCAGCUAUUCGCUGUUCUGAGCGAUGAUGCCGAUAGCGUGAAAGAUGCACGAUAAUUUCUCAGCAACUUUUACUCUUGUUGGAUAUAGGUUUUUCUUAAUUUAGCCCCAUGAGUAGGUUAAUGUAGAACGAUGAGAAAAUCCUACCGUGGUAUUAGAUGAAAUCUAGGACUGCGGAAAUAAUUUCAAGUGAAUUUUACGCAAUUAUUUAUAGGAAAGCAAGUAACGAAAUGCAAUAUAGAAGUGUAUUUUAUCAACAGUACCAUAAAAAUAAUAAGCGAUAAGAUUUUGCCAACUCCUUUAAAUUCAAGGCCAAUUGUCCGCGUUACAGUAGAUUGCGUUGAAAUUAUUGUUACGGGUAAAUGUUUUUUUUCUGAUUUCGGACAAAUUGCACGACAACAGUAUUUCGAAGGACCAAACGCUUAUGCACAACUAUCAAACAAUUGCGAGAAAAUAUUGACAUCAAUGUAUGCGUGCGCUUGAUAUCGUUGUGAUUAAUCGGAAUAUGAUGUUUGGAGAAUUUUUUCAGACAUUUUGUUAAUUAUUAAGUUAUUUAUACUAUCCUUCUUAGAAAGAACAUCUUAUUAUGCUUUGCGUUGAUAUUUUGUCAUUUCAGUGUUCUCGAAUCAUUUGUUGUCAAAGGCGUGAGAAAACGAUUAUUGCUGCGGUAUUCAAAAAUAACAUUCACUGUGAAGAUUCAUACUUUUUUGCCGAAAUCAAAAUCAUAUGCAAUUAAGUGAUAUUGCGUUUUGCCGUGGUUAUGUCUGAAUCGAAUAUGCAAAAUGGUAUCCGUUUUAUCUCUAAAAUUUACUCCACCAUUCCAUCUUGAUGUAUAUGUAUUUGAAAGAUAUAUUUCAUGUUGUACAUGUCUUCCUAACAUCUAUUAAAUUUAUUAAUUAUUUCCUAAAUUAAACAGUUCUGUUUAUUUCUCAUUUAAUUCCAAGGUCAUUUUGUUGAAAGCAAAUAGUGGUGUCGCUAGGGGCGGAUACGGG